AUGCAUAAUAGAGGAGUUUUAAAAGAUGCAGGAGCGAUUUUACGUGACAAAUACAUUACUUCACAUUUGAAUGACAGUCUGAAGAUUGACAAGGAGUAUCCAGCGCUCGAGAAGAUGGGAGGGAUGGGAUAUGUGCUACCGAAGGUAGUGGAGCUUGUGUAUAAUCCGUUAUUUCGCAGGGAUCUGUAUGAAGGGCUUGGGAUUGUGCCUCCAAACACUUUGUUGUUGCACGGAGUGUCUGGGGUUGGAAAGACGUUUCUUGUGAACUGUAUAAGCCAAGAGUAUAAGGUGCCGAUAGUCAAGGUGUGUAUUGACUCUGACAAGGAACUGAGGGAGUCAUUUAGAAAGGCUUCGUUACUUGAUGCGUCUAUUAUAUUUGUAGAGAACAUUGAAUGCCUUGGAGACGAUGAUAAGAAGGUGAUAGUGCAAUUAUCUGAGUAUAUUGAGAAUCACAAGGGAAAGUCUGUGGUGAUUGCGACUGCAAAGAACCCAGCGUUUAUACAUGAAAGCUUGAAUAAGUUUGAUAACACGUUGCUUGUUAGGAUUCCGAGUCGUGCACAACGUGGAGAGAUGUUGGCCAGAAUUACUGAGAAGAUGCGGUGUGAGCAGAUUGACUGGUUUGAGCUUGCUGAGAUGAUGCCAGGAUUUGUCGCAAGAGACAUAAAGAAAUUGAUUAAGAUUGCAGCAGCUAAGGCGGUGUUUGAAGACAGCAAGGUUGUAAGAAUGAGUGACUUUGUGGCUGCGCUGAAAGAGAUGACAAGGAAAGGAACUGAAAUAACAUUUGACAGCAUUGGAUCGCUUGAGGAAGUUAAAGACGAGCUUAACAUGAGCAUAAUAUUUCCUUCAAGAUAUCCAGAGAAGUUUCGUAAGCUUGGGAUUACAAGACCUUCAGGGAUUUUGUUAUAUGGGCCGCCAGGGUGUGGAAAGACAUUACUUGUCAGGGCGGUGUCCAACAUGAGCCAUUGCAAUUUUCUGAGUAUCAAGGGGCCUGAGCUUAUAAGCAAAUAUGUUGGAGACUCUGAGAAGGAGAUAAGAAAGCUGUUUGAUAGAGCAAAGCAGCUGCAGCCGUGUGUGCUGUUUUUUGAUGAAAUUGACUCGCUUUGUGGAAAGCGAAGCGGAAAUGAAUUCACAAGUAGAAUUGUUAACCAGAUUCUUACUCUUUUGGAUGGACUUGAUGAUAGAGGAGAUGUGUAUGUGAUUGGAGCAACAAAUAGGAUAGAAAGCAUAGACAAGGCAAUCCUGCGUCCUGGCAGAUUUGACAAGAUUCUAAAGGUUCCUUUACCAUGCAGAGAGGGAUGCAUCGAUAUUUUCAACAAAUGCAUUCAGGGAAUAUCUAUUGAAAUGUUUGAUGUCAAUGAGCUUGACUUGGAAGGACUUAGCGGAGCAGAAAUAGCUGGGGUAAUAAGAGAAGCAGCAACACUAUGCCUGAAACAGAACUUUCAUUCAGAUGUACUACAAAUAACAAAAGAAAACAUAAUGGAAGCGUUGUAUAUUAUACGGAACACAAGAUCGUUUGUAUAG